GUAUCUUUCGCGAGCGAGGCUCGACUUUCUACAGUGACUCGGUACGGUAGAAGUUAGGAUCGCUUGAGCGCCCGAUGUUACCGCAAGAUUUCCGUUCCGGGCAAAUGAUCGCGCUCCAGGGCCGCACACGUGACACUGACGCGCUCGCCGCCGGACGCGUCGCGUCACGCCGACUUCGACCUGAACCCUCAGUGGUUCUGCUUGUACCCUGCACAUCUUGCUCCCGCCCGACUGCGACGAACGGUAUGUCUACGAGCUCCUACUAAAUCUUGCCGCUGUAUCAGUUCUUCUGCACAACACGGCCUGCUGCGGGUGUCAGCGGGGAGAAUGCCCCCGGGACCUCUUUACAAUUGGAUCUGCGUCGCGCACUCUGUCUGCGAUGUACUCUCACAUGCCACUCAAAUACGCGCAGCUCAGCUAGCUGCGGUAGCCAGGCCAAUGGGCCGUUCGAGAGAUGACCUCAGGAGCGCAAGACCACGCGGCGGCCGUGAAGCGAAGUCUACCCUCACCGAUGACUACUCGCAAGGCCCUGGGCAGACAUUUGUGCGUGCUUCUUCCGUACCACAAGAUCCAGUACCCUCCGUGAACCUAGCUGGAGGACCCGUGGCAACACCAGCGUCUUCCUCUGCCGGGACAAGUGACAUCCCGCCUCCCCCAAUGACUCUUCAAAUCCCACAUAUUUCAAAAGGGCAGAAUACGAUCCUCGAAGAAAGCAAGCCGAAAUCUACGUCACAACUGCCGGUCCCGCCAGAACCGGUGCCUCAUGUCCCAACCGCCAAUCCCUCACGACAAGUUCUCGAGAACGCGAUGGCUCGGGAGGAGUCCCCGAUUGUUGGCACAACCUCUGAGGUUCCUGCUCAUGAUGUAACCAGUACUACUGGUACAAUAGAAGCAGCUGCAACGCCAGCUCCCGCUCCAUUGCCGUCCCGUCACUUACAGUCCUCCAAGGUGCCUUCGUCGCGUAUCGGACGGUUCUUUCACUACGGAGGCCUCGCAGCCUCGCUUGGGUACGGAGCCGCAACUGAGCUUCUGAAACGCACGACGAAUUCUGAAGAGAAACACUCACCCUCGCUCAUGCUGACGGAGGGCAACAUCAAGCGGCUUGUCGCGAAGCUCACGCAGCUGCGCGGUGCCGCGCUGAAGCUUGGGCAGUUCAUGAGCAUACAAGACAGCCACGUUCUCCCGCCUGAGAUCGAAGAUAUCUUCCGCCGUGUGCAGGACAGUGCGCACUACAUGCCCGACUGGCAAAUGGAGGAAGUCAUGCGAACCUCUCUAGGCUCGUCCUGGCAAGACAACUUUGACACCUUCGACCGACUUCCCUUCGCCGCCGCCUCCAUUGGGCAGGUACAUUCGGCUGUACUGGCAGCGCACGCCUCUCCGACGGGCAAGCCUGCGAAGGUCGCUGUCAAAAUACAGUUCCCGAAUAUCGCGAACUCGAUCGAGACGGACCUCGGGUACGUCAAGAUGCUCUUGACGGCAGGGCGGCUGCUCCCGAGGGGUCUGUUCCUGGAUAGGACGAUCCAGGUAAUGAAAGCGGAAUUAGCGGAUGAGUGCGACUACUCCCGCGAGGCAGGGUUUGCAAAGCGGUUUGGUGCGACAGACUACUUGGGGAGCGACCCGCGCUUCAGGGUGCCUUGGGUAUGGGACGGGAGUACGCAGCGUGUCCUGGUGAUGGAGCACGUCGAGGGCGUGAGCGUCGGUGGGUCGGUCAUCAAUUCGUUGAGCCAGGAGGAUCGGAACCAUAUCGCGACGGGUAUUAUCGACCUCUGCCUGAAGGAGCUCUUCGCCUUCCGACUGAUGCAGACCGACCCGAACUGGACAAACUUCUUGUGGAACCAGCGCACGCGUCAGAUCGAGCUUGUGGACUUCGGUGCGACGCGCGAGUACUCGAAGGAGUUCAUGGACGACUGGAUGCAUCUCCUGCAAGCGGCGGCCCUUGACGACCACGACGCGUGCGUUGCGUGGUCCCUCAAACUCGGGUACCUCACGGGCGAGGAAAACGAGGUCAUGCUCGACGCGCACGUUAAGUCGAUGACGCUGCUCGCAACGCCGUUCAAGGCGGGCACGCAUCAACCGGUCUCCUUCGGGCCUGGCUCGCUGUGGGCUGAUAUCACAGCACAGAUCCGGGAGCAAAUUCCGGUCAUGCUUCAGCAUCGGCUUACGCCUCCGCCCAGGGAGACGUACAGUCUCAACAGGAAACUAAGCGGCGCGUUCUUGCUUGCCUCCAGGCUGAAUGCAGAAGUCGAUUGCAAGACGCUGUGGGACCAGGUCGUCGAGAACUAUCAGUUCAGUGACGGAACACCAUCCUAGAAGCAACCUUGCGAAGCAUGCAUCAAAACGACAAACAAGUUGAGUUGCAGACAAAAUCCCCGUAUUAGUACCCUAUACAGUAAUAUAUGGUACUGAGUAUCGUACGCCAGCGUAGUGUAAUUUUGUCGUGUCUAGUAGUCGCUAGAGAUUGUUGAAA